AGAAAAACAACACAUGACCUCACUGUUGUGGGCCACAUUACUGCGGAAGUGAGUUGUUGCACGGGUAGUCUGACAGAGAACAGUGAAUAUGUUUGUUGGCUAGUGAAGAUUUUGAAAUUCUGUAAAAUAAGUAAUGAAAAUAAGAAAUAAUUUAAGACGUUUCGCCAAUGUUUUAUUUCUGUAACUUGAGCAGAGGCUGAUCAAUCAAUCGCGGAAUUGUGGGGUUAAAGGUGGGAAGAUGUCAUAUCACUCGUCUUCUCACAGCUCUUCACCUAACACCAAUUGCAAGGUCUAUGUUGGGGACAUCGUCAACGGCGCUACUAUGUGUGACCUAGAGCGGGAGUUCAGUCAAUAUGGCCCUUUACGCAGCGUUUGGGUGGCCAGGCCCCCAGUUUUCGGCUUUGUGGAGUAUGCGGAUGCCCGUGACGCAGAGGACGCCGUUAAAGGCAUGGAUGGAAAGGUGGUGUGGGGCUCUAGGAUCCAUGUGGAGCUGGCACGGAAGGCCAAACAUGACCACCCCAGCAAUCACCACAUUGACCCUCAAGGCCGCUGCAACCAGUGUGGGAACAGGGGCCACUAUGCCUACAACUGCGAACGUUUCAGCAAGAGGGGUGGAGGUCGUCGGAGCAGAUCACGGUCUCGUUCCGGCUCCAGGUCACGUGGCAGCCGUUAUCGAUCCCGUUCCCGCAGCAAUGACCACAGCAGGCACCGCUCCCCAUCUUAUCCCAGACAGAGGAAGAGGUCUGGCUUCCCUGUGUGGUCCAAGUCCAGUACAUCUGUUAGGAGUCGUUCCAGAUCUCCAAGCCAGAAAGAGGCCCACCCCAGGCGAAGAUUGAUUUGAAGACUAAACUCAUCCCCAUCCCCCUCCAACCAACUGGCUUUAGCCUUGCAGCUAUUUGUUUUGUCUUUGUUCCCUGCAUUGAAUAGAAUCUACCCCUACCUUUCUGAUGCUGUAUAAUUACUCUACAGGAUUAGCUUCAUAUCUAACCAUGCAUGCCUUACAUGAUGUCACAUUCCUAAAAUGACUCUUGUGUGUGUCAAAACAGUUCAAAUAGCUAAUUUCAGAAGUGGGAUUUGUGAACCAUAAAUGUGUAUUUGUUCUUAUUUCUUAUCUACUAUAUUCAGUGUGGCAUUGCGUUAAAGAGCUGUAAGAUACUUUAAAUGUUGCUUUCCCUGGUUUAUGACACUGGCAGAUUUUGGAAUAAAUCGACACAUUAA